AUGUCCGACGAUGUUUCAUACGUCAUUGUCAAGUAUGACUAUUUGGCUCAAGAAGACCAAGAACUGACGAUUAAGAAGAACGAACGCCUUCGUCUUAUUGACGAUAGCAAGAAUUGGUGGAAAGUUAUCAAUGACGCGAACAAUGUGGGAUUUGUGCCGUCAAACUACGUUCGACGUGAAUCUUUGGUAGAUAAAGCAAAGGGUACAAUAAAAGGCUUUACAAAAGGUCGUCCACGAGCUCCAGACUUUGAUCCGGCAAGUUUUGGAGAAGUUUUUGUGGGUCCCAGUAAUGCGCCAAAACCCGGUUAUAGUUCAUUGAGCAAGGAAAAGUCACCGUCCUUUACUACGUUGGUUGCGCACGAUCCUUAUUCUGGCUUUAGUAUUGGUAAUAAUAAUCAAGUGAAGAACGGUCAAGAGAGCGCACCAGACUCGCUUAAGAGUGGUGGCAUGACGUCACGGGCGUUAGUGAAGUUUUCAUAUGAUCCUCGACUGGAAGACGAACUAAAGUUAACUCGUGGUGAUACAAUAGCAGUAGUUGAGAAAAGUAGUGACGGGUGGUGGAAAGGAGAAGUAGGUUCUUAUGCAGAUCGUUUCCUGUUAACAUUAAAUCGUCAGUUUUUGCAUAGCAAUGGGCGAUUAGGAUGGUUUCCAUCGAACUACGUAGAAGAGAUUGUGGAUCAACCUCAUCCAAGCGGCAAUGGAAAUGACGCUUCGAAUGGUUGUUCCACUGUUAGAAAGUCUCCCGUCACCAUUAUUUCAUCGCCUGUCCCAUCGGGUCAAGCAAACACUAUUUUAGAGUAUGUUGUGGCUCUCUACUCUUUCGAUGCUUCUACUCCAGAAGAACUGUCAUUCAGGAAGGGAGAACGUCUUGACAUAAUCGAUCAUCCCGCACACGACCCAGAUUGGUGGUUAGCACGUAACUCGGUGGUGUCGACGGGUACUUCGUCAACUGGUGGGCAAAUGGAUCGAGAACCGUGGUUUUUUGGUCGAAUAAGUCGUGAUGAAGCUGAUCGUUUGCUUUCUAAUGGGCGAGAAGGUGAAUUCCUUGUGAGGGAUAGCGAAAGUAACCCGGGAGAUUUGUCAAUUUCAAUGCGAGGUGUGGAACGGAAUAAGCACUUCAAGGUGCAGACAAUUGGUGGCCAACUGCACAUAGGAUCGAGAGCAUUUCCUUCCAUGGCGUCACUGAUCCAGCACUACACUGCAAAUCCGAUCUUCUCUUCCGGAACUGAAAAACUCUUUUUGACGCGGCCACUUCCCAAGUAA